AUGUUGGGAUCUGAGGCGUGGGAUGGUGGGAAAGAUGCUGUGCUUCUAUCUGACAGUCUCUGUAAAAUGAGUUGUCUGUCGAUUGUAGUGGAUUGUGAUGCUCGUCACUGGGGUGAAGUUGUAGAGAGAGAACAUGACGAAACGGUGAUUCCCUCAUUAAUUCAAGCCAUCGUAUCGCAUACAACUGCUCAUAUGUCAUUGUCUGCUGCAAAUCGCUUCAUUGUAAUCGGCGUAGAUGAAACUCUUGUAGAACCAAACAUUUAUGCUUCGCACAUGUCAGCUGAUAUAGAUAUGAGUUCUAAUUUGAGAGCAGCGCUGCGAAAUGUACUCAAAAAAUCGGCUUGUUUGACAACUGCAACGGAAUCAUCCCUAUUUGCACCUGCUUUUGCUCUUGCUAUUUGUCACAUCCAUCGUUAUAAAAGUGAUAUGGAGGGUGGAGAUGGGCGCAUUCUCGUUAUAAAUAUCGGCAGUGAUCUUUUUGGAGAACAACACAUUCUAAUGAAUAUAUUUUUUGCUGCUCAUAAACAUGGAAUUCUUAUUGAUGUUGCCAACAUCGGUAGAACAGCACCAAUUUUGCAACAAGCGAGCGAUAUUACUGGAGGAACAUAUUUUAAUGUUAAAAAACCGAAACAACUUUUCCAGUACACAACUUGUUUUGCAUUUGGGAAUUCAUUACUGCGUUCUGCAUUUCCACCCGUAUCACUGACGGCAGUUGAUUACCGAGCUAGUUGUCAGUGUCAUGGUACUCCAGUAAGUAUAGGCUGGGUGUGUUCAGUAUGCCUUUCAGUGCAUUGUCAUUUCAUUCCAAUUUGUCCAUCAUGCAACACGGCAUUUAAAAUUUCAAUGCUGCCUCGAAGAACUCGAAAGAAGCGUCGAGAAACUGAAAGGGAACUUGUAUCGUAA